UGCAGGGCAGUGGCUAGUGUGAUCAAAAUCAUUAGCAAUGCAAAGUCAUGGUGCUCUGAUACUCUUGUUCACGGUCACAGCUUAAAAAAAGAAAUCUGCUUACACAAAUGUUUCUGGAUGAACUUGUUUCAAAACCACAGCUGACGACCCGGAACCAAAAAUGAACUGGGCAUCCUUUUAUGCCGUCAUUAGCGGCGUUAAUAGACACUCUACUGGCAUUGGCCGCAUCUGGCUCUCUGUCCUGUUCAUCUUCCGUAUCCUGGUCCUAGUGGUUGCAGCUGAGACUGUGUGGGGGGAUGAGAAAUCUGGCUUCACUUGCAACACCCAGCAGCCGGGCUGCAACAGUGUCUGCUAUGACCACUUCUUUCCCAUCUCUCACAUCCGCUUAUGGGCCCUACAGCUCAUCCUUGUCUCCACCCCAGCCCUGCUGGUGGCCAUGCAUGUGGCCCACCGCCGACAUGUUGACAAAAGGCUCUACAAACUGUCAGGGAGGACCAAUCCCAAAGACCUGGAGCAGAUCAAGAGCCAGAAGAUGAAAAUCACAGGGGCUCUAUGGUGGACUUAUGUCAUCAGCCUGUCGUUCCGUAUUGUCUUUGAGGUCAUUUUUAUGUUUCUAUUUUACAUGAUUUAUCCUGGUUACAAGAUGAUCCGGCUGGUGAAGUGUGACUCGUACCCCUGCCCCAACACAGUAGACUGUUUUGUAUCGAGGCCAACAGAGAAAACGGUCUUUACCGUCUUCAUGCUGGCCGUGUCUGGGGUUUGUAUUCUGCUCAACAUUGCAGAGGUGGCGUUCCUAGUGGGGAAAGCCUGCGGUAAACACCUGCACAGUGCUGGAGAAUCAACUAUGGGAGCUUGGAUCCAACAUAAACUUCGCUCAUACUAACUAAUACACAGAUUUCAUCCUAUAACACAGGAGCAUCACAUGAGAGGCAUAGGAGAGAUUGUAUUUGUGAGGCCCACAAAAUAUAUUGCUUUCAAUAAUGUAAACCAGAUGAGAAUUAAAUAAAUUGUUUAUGAAAAGCAUUUGGUUUUAGUCAGUAGGAAAAAUGUUAGACAAUAUAUCUUGUGCCAUCUAGAUUAUAUUCUGUCACAUUUUAUAAACAAAAUAAAUGUUGCAUUGGAAGAAUUAUACAUAGUGAUACGGUAUCAUGGUUACUUUCAUUAUUAACAAUACCUAAUAUUAUUUAUUUACAUUAUUUAUUUAUAUGUUAAAUUUAGUAGACAAAAAUCUGAUUAUGACUUUAACCUAACAAACUUUAAGAUUUAAGCCUGUUGUAGACAAAAAGUUCUUCUAAUAUGUCAUAAACAUGUUUCAUAAAUAUGGACUAUAACCAUAUUUGCAUUGAAGUGACUCUUUCCCUUUGGAUGUUGUGUACCCCUCUGUAUAAAGAAGAAAAAGCUAAUAAUCAAAAGAAAUACACAUGAAUAGCCAACUUGCUCUGAUGUUUAUAGCUGACUGCUAAACCCGGCCUUUAAACGUAUUGAUUUUUAUUUUAGCGGGGUUCCUUUUGCCCAUGCACAACAGAAUAAAUUAUAACAAAGUGUUUAAUUGUGUAAAUGAGCUGUAAUUAGUGUUGUUUUUACAUUUUCUUUUUUAACAACCACAAAAAUAUAUUUAUUUUAGUGGGAUUUUGUCUGAUAGACCAAGCAGUACAUAACUCUGAUGUAGAAAGUAAAUAGGUAGUUUUCACAUUUUUUCCAAAUAAAAAAAAUCUGACAAGUC